AGCCAACAAAAUCACAACAAUGAACCAACACAAUAUGUGCUUCUUAAUGGCACAACUACAACCAUCAACCACCAUACCCAUCCCGCCAGCUCUGCCCAGCAUGGACCAAAGCGACAACGAAUGUUUUUCUCACCAUGCCUGUCCAACGGAGCCCCCUCCAAAACCAAGUGAAGCCGAUAGAAACGUAACCAUCGCCUCCAAGGACGAGACUCGCCAAACGGCAGUGUCGCCUACCAUCCACCCGGACGCUUCAGUGAACAUUCCAGGGCCCGCAACUCCGAGUACAGCUCGGCCGGCUUGUUAUGAUACUUACUCAGUACUACUAACCGUGGUAUGGCUUCGUUACUUGCCGGAUUAUCUUCCUCCCCGCAAAAGACGACACAGAUGUCGCGUGCACUGCCGACGACACCAACAUGCACGCCAUUGUUUCGGCGGCGUCGACCAAACGGCAGAAGAAGGAAUGGACUUGGAUGAUGUUACGGAGAAGGAUGGGGAUAUGGUAGAGCAGCUGGACGGACUUAUUGACAACGGCACUACCAACGGUAGCGAUGGCGCCGGUACUACCCGGAUGCCGACAAAACAGCACACAGCCACGGAUAAAAGAUCAAACGAGAUGAAGGAGGACGCAUGUUAUAUCGAACAUACCAGAUGAUGAUGUUCUGACACUGCACGAGUAGCGACGAGCAGGAAGGAUCGCUAGCCGCCGUUGCAAGUCAAGUGGAAGAGAUCCAAACUCAGGCUGUAGCAGUUUGAUGCCCGUCGGGACGAUAUCGAAGAAAUACGACGAAAA